GCCCUCGCGCAGGAGGUGGAGGAGGAGGGAGGAAGACGACGGGCUGGAAGGAAGGCUUCGACUCCUGCGAAUCGGGCCGCGCGAGACGAGGAUCUUACGGCCUCGCGAGGGGCGAUCGGGCCGCUGCACACUGAGGGCGGAGGCCGAGCCGGGGGGCCCCCGCCGCGCCCCCGAGGCUCGCCGUGUGCCCGCCCGCCCGGUGCCGAGGGCUGGAGGAUGAGUUCCCCGGGGCCCCGAUUUGUGAAAAUAUGCAUUCAUUUAAUACUGUCUUGGAAUUCAUGAGAUGGAAGCAUAGGUCAAAGCUAUUUGGAGAAAAUUGGAAGCUCAAUUUUAUCCAGCCACAUCUCUGAGGAAUCACAAGAAAGAACAAGGUGGUGAAGUCAUUGUCAAGUGAUCUCAGACUUCUACAAGGAAAUCUCAUUCAGUAAAAUCAUUUCAAUUAGUGGACUAGUGGAUUAGCAUAUAGGAAAUAUUAGAAUUGAACAAUGACUCAGCCAUAUAUUUAUAUCAGAUUAUUGGGAGCCUGUUUGUUCAUUGUUUCUCAUGUUCAAGGGCAGAAUCUAGACAGUAUGCUCCAUGGCACUGGGAUGAAAUCAGACUCUGAUCAGAAGAAGUCAGAAAAUGGAGUGACCUUAGCACCAGAGGAUACCUUGCCUUUUUUAAAGUGUUAUUGUUCAGGACAUUGCCCAGAUGAUGCUAUUAAUAAUACAUGCAUAACAAAUGGGCACUGCUUUGCCAUCAUAGAAGAAGAUGACCAGGGAGAAACUACAUUAGCUUCUGGGUGUAUGAAAUAUGAAGGAUCUGAUUUUCAGUGCAAGGAUUCACCAAAAGCCCAGCUACGCCGGACGAUAGAAUGUUGUCGGACCAAUUUAUGUAACCAGUAUUUGCAACCUACACUUCCUCCUGUUGUUAUAGGGCCAUUCUUUGAUGGCAGCAUUCGAUGGCUAGUUGUGCUCAUUUCCAUGGCCGUCUGCAUAAUUGCUAUGAUCAUCUUCUCCAGCUGCUUUUGUUACAAACAUUAUUGUAAGACCAUCUCAAGCAGACGUCGCUACAAUCGUGAUUUGGAACAGGAUGAAGCAUUUAUUCCAGUAGGAGAAUCAUUAAAAGACCUUAUUGAUCAGUCACAAAGCUCUGGUAGUGGAUCGGGGCUACCUUUAUUGGUUCAACGUACUAUUGCCAAACAGAUUCAAAUGGUUCGACAAGUUGGUAAAGGCCGGUAUGGAGAAGUGUGGAUGGGAAAAUGGCGUGGUGAAAAAGUGGCAGUCAAAGUAUUUUUUACAACUGAAGAAGCUAGCUGGUUUCGAGAAACAGAAAUCUACCAAACAGUGCUCAUGCGCCAUGAAAAUAUACUUGGUUUUAUAGCAGCAGACAUUAAAGGCACAGGUUCCUGGACUCAACUUUAUUUGAUUACUGAUUACCAUGAAAAUGGAUCUCUCUACGACUUUCUGAAGUGUGCCACACUCGAUACCAGAGCCCUGCUCAAGCUAGCUUACUCAGCUGCCUGCGGUCUGUGCCAUCUCCACACAGAGAUUUAUGGUACUCAAGGAAAGCCUGCAAUUGCUCAUCGAGACCUAAAGAGCAAAAAUAUCCUCAUCAAGAAAAAUGGAAGUUGUUGCAUUGCUGACUUGGGCCUUGCUGUUAAAUUCAACAGUGAUACAAAUGAAGUUGAUGUACCCUUGAAUACCAGAGUUGGCACCAAACGCUACAUGGCUCCCGAAGUGCUAGAUGAAAGCCUAAAUAAAAACCAUUUCCAGCCCUACAUAAUGGCAGACAUCUAUAGCUUUGGCCUAAUCAUUUGGGAAAUGGCUCGUCGUUGUAUCACAGGAGGAAUAGUGGAGGAGUACCAGUUGCCAUACUACAAUAUGGUGCCCAGUGACCCUUCCUAUGAAGACAUGCGUGAGGUUGUCUGUGUCAAACGUUUGCGGCCAAUUGUGUCUAACCGAUGGAAUAGUGAUGAAUGUCUACGAGCAGUGUUGAAGCUAAUGUCAGAAUGCUGGGCCCACAAUCCAGCUUCCAGACUUACGGCAUUGAGAAUCAAGAAGACACUUGCCAAGAUGGUUGAGUCCCAAGAUGUAAAGAUUUGACAGUGAAACAAUCAUGAGGAGGAAUUCUUGACCGCAGGAACUUCUGGCACCAAAGGAAUGGAAGGAUUGGCAUGGACUAAGGGUGGUGCCUUGGUUCUCAGACUCCUCGCUACACCUUCACAGGCUGCUAACAAUAAACUUCUCAGUACUUUGUAGACGACAAGCUGGGAACUUCUAAACACUUCAUUCUUGAUAUAUGGACGGCUUUAUUUUAAAUAUAGUUUCUGAUGCCUUUUUUUAAAAUUGGGUUUUUAUGAACUAUAUCAAAACUCCAAUCCUGAUUAUAAGUCUCCAGUCAAACUUUGGGUACUGAAUGGCCUGUUCAUAGAGUGGUGCUUUCUGUGAAAGCCUUAGGAGAUAAAUGAAAAGGAGUUGAGCAGAGUGGAGAAAUACACACUUCUGCCUCCCGCUUAAGAAAAUUGUAAUAUUGUGUUCUGACUUUGUAAAAUAGCCUCUGGAUGAUCUCUAGGAUAUACUGCAACCUUCCGUUAGUCCACCACGCCUUCUGGGCUGUUUAUCUGCAAGUGCACAUCAGGACCCUCUGUUGCCAUUGGAAUUAGAAGAAAAUAACUUAGGAAUGCACAGGAAGGUGUUGGUGGCUAAUGGUUUUGUGCUUUAAAAAACGCAAUAGCUGACCAAGGCUCAUCAAUCUGUUAAAAGCCAUACCUCACCUUGAAAGCGAGGUAACUAGUCCACCAAGUUUAUUUUUAACAUAUUCAUUGCUAUAAGGCCAAAAGAAGUUAAAAGUAUCAGUAAAUGUGGAUUGUUUUCCUUCUACUGCCAUCUUUUUUUAAAUUGUUAUUUUUACCAUGAAAAGCCUCCCAAAGUUGCAGCUUCCUAUGCCAUGAACCAUGCUUGCAAAAAAAUACUUCUUACUGAAGCAAAUUAUUGUAUUGGAUAGCAAUGUAAGUGCCUAUAUUUCUUCUGCGUUCUUUAUGCUCAGUCACUUUUAAAAGGGAAGUUAUUUAUGUUUCAUGUGUAAUGUGCUUUACUUGCAAAAUAUCCUCUCCUUUACAACCAUAUUUUAUAUAUGUACAUAGAUUCAUAUGAAUAUGUAUAUAUUCAUACUGUAGAGCCAGCUCACACGUACCUCACAUCCCAUCCUUAGGGAAAAAAUUGAAAGUGGAACUACGUAUGAGUUUUCCAAAUUCACAUAUUCAUUCAAAGUAAUGCAUCAAACCCAGGACUUUUCUAACUUUAGGCAAAAACUUCAUUAAGAUAAUGCCAUCUCAGUUUUCCUUCAUGAAGGGAUUAUAUAAUUAUAAAUUUAUCUCUCAAAGCUGAUAUAAAUUAAUUAAUAACUGUUAAUGUGUUUUAGACAUCUAAAUCAUUCGAGAUCUUUGGACUUAUGAUUUCUGAUUCCUAAUUUGUAAAGACUGUGAGGAGUGGAGCAGUAUCUGUAUCUACAACUAGUAGUUGUCUCCACAGCUGUAUCUAGUCAGUAUCUGCACCUACACCUGUAGAUAGCUAUUAUUCAAAUUAUACAUAUUUUACAGAAGACUUUUUAUCUCCAACAGUUCUGAUUUACUUAACCAUAGCACACUCCUGUCAUGCUUUUUAAAUACUGUCUCUAUGCUGAGCACACAAGUCAUGAGAACAUCAAAUGAGACAAUUUCCUUUGGUAAAACAUGAAAUCAAUGUGACCACAUCACCAUAGAGCCAAAUAAGCUUAAAUUCAGUGGGAAGAAAUCAGAGCAUGGAUCCAUCUAGCACCAAAAACGUGACUGCCAAUUGAAGCUGGAACUUAGCCCACUCUGCACAUCCUAUUUCACAAAUUGGAGAUGUGCUUCAGCUGUUUUCAUAAGUUUCACCUGACAAAAUUAGAGUGUCCAGGUAUUCAUCAAAUCAACAUAUUUGCCUAUUGAUAAACUUGCUUUUUUCAGAAGAUGUCCACCCCCACCCCCACUUCCUGAGAAAUACAGAUAAGUUCAUCAGAAUCGCUGUGUGAUCUGAUAACACUUAGGAAAUAAGGCAUAGUGAUUUGUUUUAGACUUGUCAUACUAUAAAUCUUUAAAAUUCCAUGUCAUCAUCCUAAAAUAGGAAAGGCAAAAAUUUUUUUAGAAAUGUUUAAAAAAUGGUGUGUUGACAAAAGUGAACAGUAUGUGAAACUACUGUAAUGAUUUUUUUUUAAUUUUUCUUAACUUGAUCUUAUUGCUGUCAAUAAUCUUAGAAACUUGAUCAGUAAAAACAUUUUUACAGGGUAACAUGUUCUUUAAAAGGUAGCUGCUACUUUAUCUGGAAUCCUAAAAUCUAAAGAAGAUAUCUAAAACUUUUCCCCCCUCUUCUCCUAUCCAGUAAGUCAAAUAGAGAAUAUGUAAGCCAGUAGGAGGAAGUAUCAUGUACUUCCUUAGUUCCCCCUUUGUAAAGGCCCUGGCAUCUCUGAUUUGGCCCCACAUACAAUCUAGUGUUCUUAAAUUUUGUGGUGUCAAGCCAGGCACUGGUGGCUUACAGCUGUACUAUUAGCUGCUCAGGAGGCUGAGAUCUGAGGAUCAUGGUUGAAAGCCAGCCUGAGCAGAAAGUCCAGGAGACUCUUAUCUCCAAUUAACCACCAAAAGGCCAGAAGGGGAACUGAUUCAAGGGCUAAAACCUUAGCCUUGAGCAUUUUUUUUUUAAGUUUAGGGACAGCACUCAGACCCUGAGUUCAAGCCCCAGGACCAGCACCAAAAAAAGCUUAUGGUUUCAGUCAGUCUUUUUAAAUAAUUAGUACAUGAAAACAACAAAAAAAUACUCCCUGAAUAGAAACAAUAAAACUCUUAAAAGAAAAUUCUCAUUGCAUUUGUUUACACUGGUAAAUAAUUUUGUAGGGCAUAUUAAGAUUUAUUUCAGUGAGCACUCUAAACUUUCACUCAUUAUGAAUCCAUUUCUGAGUAGAAAAUUUGAGUCUGGUUUCUCUGGAAAUAUUUUUUACAAAAACUAUUUUCAUCAACAUUUUAUGUUGCUUUCCCAAUGUCUAAAAGUGUUUGUAAACUUAGAAAAUGACCUUUUCGUUUUCGUAAACUGUUGUGUUGGAAUGUGCCAGAUUUUUUUAUUUAUUCACUCUGACAUUAUUCAAGAAUCUUUUUUCAGAUGUUGUUUUGUUUUCUGUUUAGAACCAAAAUACAAUACAGAUUUUAAAGAAUAAGGCAUCUCCAAGUUGACCCAGGAUCAAGUUUGACACAGUUUAUUCCAAGGCAGAUUUUUUU